AUGUUGGCUAGAAUUCAUUUCUUCUCUCUUGUGUUGGCGGCCUCCACCACCUCAUACGACUACAUCAUCGUGGGAGGUGGUGCAUGUGGCCUAGUCAUGGCAAACAGGUUAUCGGAAGACAUUCAUCUUUCAGAUGCAGUGGAGAUCAAACUAAUUCACGUUGGGUCUGCUGCCCAGCAUGGACGAGUAUCACCAAAGACCAACGACAUUCAGAUGUUUUCUGACUCCUGGGGUUGGAAGGGUGACCUGUGUUUCGGUUCAUAUGAUUAUAGAUGUCUCCGAGGCGGUAAAGUCUUCUGCUGCAAUGUUGGAAAUAUGCAACAGUACCUGGACAUUUGCACAUGGACUGAAUGCGGAGGUUCGUGUCCAAGCGACAAACAGAACGUACUGGCCAUCGACUCUGGCGGCCCCAAGGGUGCGGGUAAACGGUGCGAUGACUACGAUCCCAAUGAUAUCAUAACCAACCCCGCUGGCUACAGUGAUGAUGACUAUGAUCCCAAAAAGGGCUCUAAAGCUCAUCGGAAGCUAUGCUGUCCCGAGAAAGACUCAUUCAAGAACUGUAGUUGGAAGAGCGGCAAGGUUUGCUCGCAACGCUGCGACAACGGACAGAUUACCCUGGAUCUGGAUCCUCAAGGUAAAGGAGGCCGCUACUGUGACAAUGGACGGCAGGAGGUUUUCUGCUGUGAUGCGCCUGGCAGGGCAAACCAGCCCUUUCUACCCGUGGACUUUGACAAGAUAUUUCCGCCUGAAUACCUUCCCUCUGCAGACGCCCAACCUCAGUUUGAAUUGAUCAAUUUCGGUGGCGCCGCCGGUAUAGGGGAUGCUCAUCCCGAUCUUACUGGUGUGGCCUUCUUCCUCAUGGCCGGUUCUAGUACAGCGGUGUCGUCUAUGUCUAAGUGGGACAAUCCUGGCUUGCAUUUUCUCGACUGCCCCGAAGGUAUUCUCGACGCUCCGGUUGAGACCGCGCACACUGCUAGGGUGAUUUGCGUGGACUGCGAUGUGGAAGAGUGCUUCCAAGUACAAGAGAAUGGUGUUGAAGGGACUAUCGUACACAUGCCUCGAGAGUGCGGAGGGGGCGGUUAUGUCAGGGCUGUGUCUCUGCAGCCAUCGCAUAACCAGUCUAUCCCCGCCCACCUGGCCUUGCGGAAUCCCACAUCCGCGGUGUAUGGCUUCUGCUUCGACUACAAUAUGCCCCUGGUCCGCAGAGAUGCCGGCACAAUCUCUAUUCGCAUGGAUUACUCUAAUGUUGCCGGGUACUGGAAUGCGGUCGUUAACUCAGCAGGUACAACCUCAGGGGGCACAGACUCGAAGCGCGACCUCAAAGAACUUGUCAAACAGUUUUAUUCGGACAACAAGGACAACUGGUUUGACAAAUUCGAUACUCUAAGCCCAAAUUCAAAGGGUUUCAGUGACCUCUCAAGCAAUACAACUAUCGACCACCUCGUGUACUAUAACACUGAAAUGUGUCCAACUUCAGACAGCCAGCAAGGCGAAGGGAUCGCGGUGACAAUAGAAGGUGCACUCAACGCCGGUUUCUACUACAGUUUCUCGAUGAUUGCGACGUGGGACCCAAGCAGUACAGUCAAAGUCCAUGAAUCAGCUGGGUUUCUGAAUGUUGAUGGCUCCACAUCUGCCACAUUCACCGUCGCUGGGAUUGGCACCCUGGACUCUUCAAAGAUGAAUGGCGAGACCAUCACCAAGUCAUCUGGAAAAAGAACUCUGGCAGGUCAUUCACUUUAUCAUGGUUGGGCCUCAUUCGUCAGCUACAUGGAACAAGCCGUCCAGCUCAAGACUAUGGGCGAAACCAGCCAAGCCGUUUCCUUCAAUGGAUAUAUGGAGUCAAAGGCUGUGGCUAAAUGGGGAAUGAAGGGAUCGGUUUCGAACGUACACUUUCCAAGUGCUCCAUCUGGGAUUACAGCUCCGGCACUACAAGUCAGCCAGAGAAACAGCAUGACUCCUGUCGGCGAUAACACUCCAUCAUCCGACAUUACUCUUGCUCUCGAUAUUACAUUGGGACUCAAGGUGACGUUGGCGUUUUCCAGACCUUGGUCAUCAGCAGUGGACGUGCGUAUGCCUGACAUGUCUGUCAAGCAGAGUCUUGCUGCCCACUUUGAGUUUUCAGGCGCCGGAAAUGAAGUUUGCCUGACGUCCAGCAUAUUCCAGGCUCAAUAUGCUCUCCUUGCCGACGGUGAGUAUGUUGGUUGGGGUGCGAAUUCACUGAAUCAGUACAUCACCAAAGGUUCUCAAAUGGAUCAGCAAUGCUUCACACGUAGCUCAAACAGCCUAGCUUCUCGCUCAAGCUCGGAUCUUCUUUCCCUUGAAAAUAUAGAAGGUCAUGAGAAGGAAGGACAGAGAGAAACGGACGAGAAGGAGGAAAAGGAGAAGGAGAACAAGAAGAAAAGACAAACCAACUCUACUCCGCGCGGUGAUUACAAUGGCUUUGAAGGACUUCCCCAUUUGACAGACCUUAUCAACAGUGAGGUAGCAGGCAGCUCGCGCCUCUCAGUUCCCGAAAUCAACUGCAAUGGCUGUGGUUCUUGCGUCAUAAGUUUGAAUGCGGAUAAUGACUGCUGUGGUUGUGCUUGGCUGGCGCCCGAGGAUCUCGAUGAUGACCAGUGGGGUUAUGUGUCAGUCUCUGGACUCCUGGGCUCUUCGGUAUAUAAACGAUCUAUUGAGGAGAGAUUCUCUGAGCUGGUUGCACGUGCCGGCGGCAUAUCCACUGGGAUGAAGGAAACCACAUUUUGGAAUCCAGCAGUGGAUCCCACCCAUCCGCAGUCCUCUCAAGCCAUUGUCAUUGAAUCCGAGCCAUAUCCCCAAUACCCUGAUUACUGGAGAAACCCACAGACAACCAAAAACUUCGAUAUCUCUCCCUAUACGGGUGUCAAAAAGUACUUUCACAAUUCUAGCGACUCAUGCACUUCCUUUGAUGUGGCGCAAUUUCCCAGCUACGACCUCACGUAUCCUUGGCCGAAGCCUGACAACAAGGGAAAUGUCCACAAACGUGGGGUUGGUUACCACCAACUGUACCAGACGGAGCAUGUUUUUGAGGCUCAAACAAUUGCAAGAUUCUUCAUGGCUUGGAUGCCAUAUCAUGCGACGAAGACGCGGCCAGCUUUGUGGAGCGAGAGAUAUAUCCUACCGGAUAUUCCUACUCAACCUCUGAACGGCCAGGCCUGGAUCCACCUGAUGAUUGAUGAAAUUAGUUCGGUUAAUAAUCAGGAUCGCCUGACCGUCUUCCUCACGCGCCCUAACUCCAAGAAAGGCAAACUGUUUGGAGGAAAGGCAUCCAUCGCACAAUCAAGAUUCGACCAAGAUCAGAAAGGCGGCGAUCAACUCUUAGAGGCGCGAGAAGUGGGCAUGAUAUUCACUUACAUGAACUUGGACACAGUAUGGGAGUCAUUCUGCGACACAUAUAAUGGUGUUUGGACGUGCUUCGCCGCUUUGACUCAUGGUAUCAAAGCUACACCGGUGCUGUUAGCAACCUGGCCAAUGAAUGGCCAAAGUUCAUUCGAAGUGAGUUAG